GUUUCUUAAAUGUGAGCACAAGCCACAAGGAAGGUGAAGUAAGAGUAAAGAGUCUAAUUUAUUCCUGCAGAGUUGCCCGAAAGGGCAUUUUGGUGGUGAGAAAUUUUGUUUGGUGAGCUGUGUAUUUUUGUAUCCGCUGGUCUAGUUCCUUAUUUUUUUACAACUUCCAUCACAUGGCUUCAUGAAUCUCUCUCUCUCCCCGAUUGUAGUUUUUCAUAGGAGAGAUGUGGGAUUACUCUGAGAAAUCAUGAAUUCCCAAAGGAAUAGCCUCCAUAUAUGGUGGACGAUUCUUGCACUUAUUCUCUUAUUUCUUGCAGUCCAAUCUUUUGGGCUCAACACAGAUGGUAUUCUCUUGUUUUCUUUCAAGUUUUCUAUUCUCAGUGACCCUUUCCGUGUUCUUCAGAGCUGGAACUACUACGAUGAGACUCCGUGUUCCUGGAAUGGAGUGACCUGUGGAGCUCCAGGAAUAGACGCUGCCUUCUCUCGUGUCACUGGCUUGUCUCUCCCAAAUGCUCAGCUUCUUGGUUCAAUCCCUGCUGAACUUGGUAUGGUCCAAUACCUCCAAAAUCUUGAUCUUUCCAACAAUUCUCUCAAUGGGUCUUUGCCUUUUGCCCUUUUCAACGCAUCCCAACUUCGGUUUCUUGACUUGUCUAAUAAUAUGAUCUCUGGCGAGUUGCCAGAGACUAUAGGUUCCUUACAGAAUCUUGAGUUUCUUAACCUGUCUGAAAAUGCCUUGGCGGGAACCUUACCCUCUAGUCUCCCUACCCUCCAUAAUCUAAGUGUUGUUUCUUUGAACAACAAUUACUUCUGUGGUGGUCUGCCCAGUGAAUUUGGAGCCGUUCAAGUUUUAGAUCUUUCUUUCAAUCUCAUCAAUGGAUCUCUGCCUCAAGAUUUUGGUGGUAGCAAUCUCCAUUACUUGAAUAUCUCUUAUAACAAGCUCUCUGGCCAAAUUCCACCAGAAUUCGCUUCACAAGUCCCGGGCAAUGCCACUAUCGAUCUCUCAUUCAAUAAUCUGUCCGGAGAAAUUCCAGAUUCUAGCGUUUUCUUGAAUCAGAAAGCCACUUCUUUUAUUGGGAAUCCUGAUAUCUGUGGCAAGCCAUCAAGAAACCCAUGUCCAAUUCUUUCUUAUCCGCCAUCCUCUUUUCCGAAUGUAUCUUCCCCUACUUCUCCAGCAAUCGCUGCAAUUCCAAAAGCAAUACCUGCAACCACCCCACCAGGUCAUGCAGCAACCGGGUCUCAAGGGCUUAGGCGAGGAACCAUCAUAGCGAUCAUAGUUGGUGACAUUGCAGGGGCUGCAAUUCUUGGCAUGCUUUUCUUCUAUGUCUACCACUUAAAGAAAAGGAAGAACAUCGAAACCACGCUCAAGAAAGAAACUAACAAUGCAAAGGAUACUUGGUCUUCCUCCUCAGAAUCAAGAGGGUUCACAAGAUGGUCAUGUUUACGCAAAAGAGGGGACGACGAAGAAGAAUCCGAUUCUACAAGUUCUGACAACGACGACGACAAUCCUAGAAGUCUCGAAAAUCAACGGCCACAAGAGCAGGAACAACACAAAGGAGGCACAUUAGUGACGUUUGACGGCGAAAAACAGCUCGAGCUCGAAACUUUACUCAAGGCAUCAGCUUAUAUACUGGGCGCAACUGGCUCUAGCAUAAUGUACAAGGCCGUUCUUGAAGAUGGGACUGCACUUGCGGUUCGUAGAAUAGGUGAGAGCCACUUAGAGCGGUUCAGAGACUUCGAGACCCAGGUCCGUAUCAUAGCCAAGUUGGUGCACCCAAAUCUGGUUCGAAUUCGUGGGUUCUAUUGGGGGGUCGAUGAGAAGCUCAUUAUCUAUGAUUUCGUCCCCAAUGGCAGCCUCGCCAAUGCUCGUUACUGGAAAGUAGGCUCUUCACCUUGCUAUCUACCAUGGGAGGUCCGGCUCAAGAUUUCUAAAGGAGUAGCCCGUGGGCUGUCUUUCCUCCAUGACAAGAAGCACGUGCAUGGAAACUUGAAGCCCAGUAAUAUUCUUUUGGGUUCCGAUAUGGAGCCUAGGAUUGGAGAUUUUGGGCUUGAGAGGCUCAUGACUGGUGAUUCAAGCCGUAAAUCAGGCGGAUCAACCAGAAAUUUUGGUAGCAAAAGGUCCACAGCCUCUCGGGACAGCUUCCAAGACUUCUCACUUGGGCCCAGCCCGAGCCCAAGUCCGAGUUUGAUAGGAGGUUUAUCGCCUUACCAUGCUCCGGAGUCGCUGAGAAGCCUGAAGCCCAACCCAAAGUGGGAUGUGUAUUCAUUUGGGGUUAUGUUGCUAGAGCUACUAACUGGGAAGGUUAUAGUUGUGGAUGAGUUAGGCCAAGGAAACAAUGGCCUGUCAGUUGACGAUCAUAAUCGGGCAAUAAGGAUGGCUGACGUGGCUAUUCGAGCUGAUGUGGAAGGCAAAGAGGAGGCCUUGCUGGCUUGCUUCAAGUUAGGGUACAGUUGUGCUUCUCCAAUCCCACAAAAGAGGCCAACAAUGAAAGAGGUGCUGCAAGUCCUGGAGAAAAUCCCAUCUUCUUCUUCAUCCUCAUCAUACUUGUAUGGUCACUAAUGAGAGAAAUAAUUAUUAAUUAAUUUAUAACAUAUUUUUUAAAUAUAAUUAGAAAAAAAAAUUAAUUUGGUAGAAAUAUGUGUCAACAGCUUUGUUUUUAUUCUUAAACUGAAGCCAUCUUUAGGGUUGAAAUGGUCAAUCACACAUAAAUGGAAAGACCAAAGUUGUCUAUUUUA